GCAGAGAUGUGGCGCAAUUUUCUGCAAAGCGGGUUCCUGGUAAUUCUCAUCCAUGGAGGCAAGGAUACAGCAACAAGGAUCUGGCAUAAGUGGACCUGCAAACCUUCUGGAACUUCGGGGCGAAAGCUCCUCUCCUCACCAGAGCUGUCAGAGUACCAGAAUAAAGCUGACCAAAAGUGUCUCUGAAGCAACAUUCUCGGCAGGUUGAAAUAUAACCUCUCCACCGCAAAACACACCAAAUCGAGUUUAACGAGAGAUUGAUUGCGUCGCUGUCAGGAUUCAGGAACCUGCAUCAUCCUAGCAAGUCGACCUUUCUCCUUCUAGAUAGCUUCCAAAGAUCCGUCCUGGGAUUUUAUAGUACCACCAAGCCUCCCGCCUCCCACUUCCAUGGUUCAGACCGUGCCUCGCGUGCGAAAUCUUGGUUGCAGGAAACUCGUACCACGCGGCACCAGACCUUGACAUCUUUGGAACGAGUACCAGACUGACGUCCAAACAUGUGGGAAUGUCUCUCCGUGCAUCCGUCCUGUGCCUCUAUUCAGUGGACUGAGAGUGGAGCGUGUCGAGUACGUGGGCCUUUGACAACCCGAAUAAUCGCCUAUGCCCUUGUUGUGGAUUGGCUCCACUGCGACUCGAGCACUCUGUAAAAGGCAAUGAUCAGAUUGCAUUGGUCGGAAACGCAAGGUCGUAUGCAGGUGGAGCAUCUACAGGACUUUUCACUCCGUGAAGGGGAAGUGCUCUAUCUUCAUCCUUGUGCACCUCGUGGGAUGAUUUGGAUCCUCCCAAGCGAUGUUUGAGAUUUGAGAACGUCUUACCGGAUGACUUGCCGAAAGUAGUAGGUGAGAAAUGCCUCCUAUCUAAACCUCUGGGCACGAUUGCCUACCAGUGUCCCAGCCUGGAGAUGAGUUUCAUGCUGGAGAAGAUAUCUUGAUGCAUGAAAAUGACAACUGAUAUCUGAAGUCGUAUCGGAUAGAGAUUUUCUUGGGUAGAUUGAGAAGCGUUGCUAUCUGCAAAACUGGAAAGAAUCUUGAGAGGGGGCCAAAAAGUGCAAAAGUAGGAGCAUACAUUUGGGUUGCCUGAACCUUGGGGCUGGGACACGACUCGGUCCAAUCGUAUGCGGGUACCGAAGAAGACAUUACUCCGAAAACCCUCUGCAAUCUGCAUUCGUCGCCUCCAGAAACAGCUGUCACAUUUCCAAAUGCCGUGGACCCUGACACCAUAAUGGUGAGGGCUAUGACCUUCUUUCGAGGACAGUGAACGUUGAAGUGCCGGGAUACAUAUCUAGACAUUAACAUCCCUAUCCCACUCCUCUUUUUGUUGUGCUUCUUGUUCGCUUCCAUCACUUACAUUCCUUCAUUGCUAGCCAGUAGCACAAAUGUCGUCGGUAGAUGAAAUUGUCUACAGUGCUGCUCCACCAGAUGGAUACGUUCCUGACUUCAAUCGCCCAUAUGACGCGGCAGCGCUCAUUGCCUGCAUUGGCGUAUUCCUGUCUCUUGCUGUGAUCACUAGCGCUAUUCGAAUGUACACUCGCUCUCGGAUUGUGUCAGACUUGGCUAUAGAUGACUACCUUAUGUUGAUUGCGUUGGUUUGCUCCAUAGUUCUGACUGGAUUCAUUCUUAAUCUUCUCAAUUAUGGGCUUGGAAAGCAUAUGUACGAUGUACCGCUGAACAUCCUGUACCCAGAAUUUCUUUUCAACAAUGUUCUGGCAGCCAUCUUCUUCUGCGCGGCAACUGGUUUCGCGAAAGCCUCAAUCCUGCUGUUCUACGGUCGCAUCUUCCCUUCCCGAACCUUCAAAUGGCUCAUCCUUGGUCUUGUAGCCUUUACCGCUAGUUACAGUCUGGCCUCAGUCCUUGUGAAUGUUUUCUCGUGCAAGCCUGUCAGCGGCUCAUGGGAUUUCUCACUUGCCACAACUGCAGUCUGCAUCAACCGUCCGCUCUUCUACUUCGCGCAAGCAGGUCUCGGAAUCUUUACCGAUUUUGCGACUUUAGCGGCGCCCUUGCCAUUCCUGUGGAAGUUGCAGAUGCCGGUCAGACAGAAGAUCGGGGUGUCGGUAGUCUUGAUGAUGGGUGGAUUCGUCUGCAUCGUUUCCAUCAUCCGACUGCUAUCAAUCAAGACACUUCUUACCUCACCAGAUCUAACGUACUCGACAACGCCAGCUUUGAUGUGGUGUGUCAUCGAGCUCAAUAUCUCAAUAGUUGGUGGUAACUUUCCAACAAUUCGUCCCUUUCUGCGGAAAUACGUCCCAGCGCUGCUCGGGAGCUCCAAAGGACGCACCACUGCAACCCACCCGACACGGUCAGGGUCUCACCAGCUUCAAUCUUUCGACCCCACAUACUCAACUACUGCGAACAAGGGCUUCAACAAGACAACGAUUACAGGCAUGGAUCAGAAGACACACUUGGGAGAUAAUGAGUCGGAGGAGUACAUCAUUCAAAGUAGUACUCACGACAGCGAGACAGAUCUAGGGAGGACAGGACAAGUUGGUGCCGGGCCUCUCAACCACCCAAAGAAUGGCUUUGGCAAUAUCACCAAGACUGUGGAAUAUCGCCUUACGAACUCCAAGGAGUGAGAAGGGAGACUCUUAUCCUUUUUUUUUCUCCCGUAGUUGAAGGGAACUCCACGAUGAUAGUUGAUGCCUGAAUGCAGCGUAGUGAUGGAAUGAAUAUAUGAAUUAUAUCAAGUUACAAAUGACACCGUUAGCUCUUCCAG